GGAGGGCGGAGCGAUUUUCUCUUGAGGUAAAACCCGCGGCUGCGAGCGCCGGCUCCCUCUGUCCGCACUCUUUCCUUGCCAGCCGGCAUCUGGACUGCACGGAUUCGCUGGAGCCUGGAGAUUUAAAUGAGCAGAAUUUGCCGCUUUUCUGGUGUAACCAGUUCUGAUGGCUGGGAAUAAAGGAAGAGGGCGUGCUGCUUACACCUUUAACAUAGAGGCAGUUGGAUUUACCAGAGGUGAGAAGUUACCUGAUGUCGUAUUGAAACCACCCCCACUAUUUCCUGAUACAGAUUAUAAACCAGUGCCACUGAAAACAGGAGAAGGUGAAGAUUAUAUGCUGGCUUUGAAACAGGAGCUGAGAGAAACAAUGAAAAGAAUGCCUUUUUUUAUGGAAACACCUGAAGAAAAACAAGAUAUUGAAAGGUAUAGUAAAAGAUACAUGAAGGUAUACAAAGAAGAAUGGGUACCAGAUUGGAGAAGACUCCCAAGAGAGAUGAUGCCACGGAAAAAAUGCAAAAAAGCAGACCCAAAAUCCAAAAAGGCAAAAGAUACAGGCAAAGUUACUUCACUCACUAAUACUGCAGAUGUGUUGAAAAAAAUUGAGGAAUUGGAAAAAAGAGGUGAUAGCGAAAAAUCAGAUGAGGAAAAUGAAGAGAAAGAAGGAAGCAAGGAGAAAAGUAAAGAAGGCGAUGAUGAUGAUGACGAUGCUGCAGAACAAGAGGAGUAUGAUGAAGAGGAGCAAGAAGAGGAAAAUGACUACAUUAAUUCAUACUUUGAAGAUGGAGAUGAUUUUGGUGCAGAGAGUGAUGACAACAUGGAUGAAGCCACCUAUUAGCCAUGAAAUUUCUAAGAAAUAUUUUUAUGAUACGGCUUCUGAACAUUUGGACAGACUUGUGUUCCAUUUUAUUUCUAAGGAAUGAGUAUUCUAUUUUUGUUCUGGUUUUAUUGGACAAAUACUUGUUACCAAAACUUCCAGAACUGCUUUGAGUUUAUAUACUGGUUAGCAUACAAAUUAAUCUGACACUUUGACAUUCCCUCCAAACACUUCUGUCAUGCCAUCCCUGUUAUGUAUUCAAGUGGACAUUUAAAAGUAUUAUUUGGGUUGGAAUGUGCCUAAAGAGCCUUUACAUCUCUUAAUCUAUGCAUUAAUACUUGAACAAAUUAUUCUUAUUAACUGCUAAUCUUUCGUAAAACUAUGACUGGUCAUCAUAAUGAAUUUCUAGAGUCUAAAAUUUGACAGUACCGCACAUGGAGCACUUUAAAAACAAAGAAACUUGAAGAGUUUUUUGUUUUUGUUUUUGUUUUUUUAAUUUUUCAUGGUAUGUUCUCUAGUAGUAUUCUCUUAGCUAGUUGAUGCCAGGAUAAUAGUAGGUAAGGAGCUUGAAGAAGAUAUAUAGUAGUAUAUUAUGACUACACAAACCUACCUGAUUGCUUACAAAUGCAAAGUUUUGAGACUGGAAGUUUUGUGAUUGAGAGUAAACAUACAGGGAAAAAUGCUAAUCUGAGCUAUAGAAAUUUCACAGCUCACAUUUCAGCCAGUAGAAAAUAACUGUCACCUGGUAUGAAUAUGAUAAACUCUUGAAUUUGGGGCUAACUUCAUACCAUAUGGUAUAUGGAUUAAUCAACCCUCUGUAAUAAAUAUGGCAUCUUUGAUUAUUUGGAAUUAUGAAAAAUCAGACUGAGACAUUUUCUUUAUUUUACAAAACUGUGGAGUAAGUUCUAGUCAUAUAAAUGUCUCUAAAAUGCUUAUGUUUGAAAUGUGUGAGGUAAAGUGGCCUCUGUUGUGUUUCACAGGACUCAUAAGCUGUACAAUUAAUUUAUAGAGUAAGGCAGAAUGAAACUCAGGUCAUUUUGAAAUUAAGAUUAAUCUUUUUUGUUUAAAAGCUAGCCCCCUUGCCUUUUUAUAUUUGGGGGAGAAAAUACCUAAAGACCUCAGCCUCCAAAAACUGUCACAAAUGCCAAAGAUUUUCAACAAAAUCCAUGUUAUAGUUUUCAAAAAUUAUUUAUUAAUAUUAUCUACCAAAAGAAAUAAAAUUUAUUUUUCUGUUUUGGGAAAAUACCACAGCCAUUAUUACCCUGUAACCUGAGAAUCAGAGACCUAGAUUGUAUUUCUACCUGUACUGUUAGAGUCAACCUUGAAACCGAGCUUGGUUAUGUUUUCUGUGCCUUGGUUUCUCCACUUGUAAAUGAUUUCCUAUAAAAAUUCCUCACACACCAACCAAAACUUACCAUAUGCAUACAUUCUCUUAUAAAAAUUACUUCUUAGUUUAAAUUUGGUCUUCACAUGCUAAAACACUCUAGUUUGGAAAAUAACUGAAAACGUAAGUUUUGAGAAACAGAACAAAAUUUUCCUCACAAAAUAUGCUAUAAUCUGAUUUUUCAUCUUAUAUUUUGAUGGGGAGAAUUGGAGAAAAUUGUCUCAUGCCAUUUUGUAACACAAUUUUCUUAGGAAGAUCACUUUCAAUGGCAGUACUUCCUCAAAUAAUUCAAGAUGGGCUUGCUUGAGGACCAUUACUAGGUUAGUGCUGUGUUGAUUAUAUGUGAAUUAUUUCUCCUGUAAAGAAGCUUAUCAAAAAUUUAAAAGAUUCUAAAUGGAAGACAUUAAUAAAACAAGUGUACUUUACAGCAGCAACCUACUGCACUUAAGAGUGGAAGCUUCGCAAAGUUUUCAGUAGUGAUGGGCAAAUAAAAUUGCCCUUUAGGAUUGGUAAUUAACAUAGGUGUUUUAUUCUUCCUCUUUUUUAGUAUCUUAGCCAAAUACCAUUUAAUUCCUAGAAAUAUUGUUCUACUGUUCUAUUUACUUGCUUUAUUGUAAGUCUGUAUGAAACCAGGCCACCAAAGGCAAAGGUAUUUCUUUUCCUGGCUUUCAAUUUGUCUCCACCAUUUUUGCCCUGCUGAUAGGAAGAAUUUACUCAGGGAGGGCUCCGUUUCUCUUGCAUGCAUUGUAUUCCCCCCUUUGGAAAAUCUUUUUACAAUUGUAAAGUAGGCUAAUAGCGAGAACAGGCAGGAAGUAUUUCCCGGUGCUUUACCAGCAGGAAUCUUAAUAUUUGUGGCUUAAAUCUCCAGAGACAAAAUCUCAGUUCCAUAUUAAUGUAAACUUUAUGCUCAGAGCCUUAGUGUCUUUAAAAUUGCUACAUAACAAGCAAAACUUUUUGUUGCCAU